CAGUUACAAAAAACGUGUGGCAGUGUUCUCUUCUCGAGCGUGUUUAUAGCCGGGUAAUUUUUGUUUUGUGUUUUAGCAAAUAAUAGAAUUAUAUUGUAACCAUGUCUGCUGCUAUGCCAAUAAAUCCCAAACCAUUUCUUAAUGGUUUAACGGGUAAAGCAGUUAUAAUUAAACUCAAGUGGGGACAUGAAUACAAAGGCUAUCUGGUGUCAGUUGAUGGAUACAUGAACAUGCAAUUGGCCAAUACUGAGGAACACAUUGAUGGACAAGUUACUGGUAACUUGGGAGAAGUUCUUAUACGUUGCAAUAACGUCCUGUAUAUUAAAGGUGUCGAUGACGAGGAUGAAGAAGGCGAAAUGAGAGACUAAGCUCAUCGACAUUAACUAUGCUCCAUAAUCUAGUUUGUAAUAUACAAAUUUCCCGCUAAUGUAUAGAAAACCAAAUCCACUUUUGUAUCUUGUAAGUCAAAAUUACAUUUCUAACAAAUAAAGAUCGAUUGAAAUGUAUGAAUAGUAAAGAAAAUA